AUGCAAGGUAAUUUGUCUGCUUCGCUAGUCAAACACGGAAUAGUUCAUAGAUCUUUGGGUUUUGAUUACCAAGGAAUAGAGACUUUACAAAUAAAGCCCGAGGAUUGGCAUUCGAUUGCUGUUAUUUUAUAUGUAUCUGGUUACAAUUAUCUACGUUCCCAAUGUGCCUAUGAUGUAGCACCAGGAGGACUAUUAGCGAGUGUCUAUCAUCUUACGAGAAUAGAGUAUAGUCUAGAUCAACCCGAAGAGGUAUGCAUAAAAGUAUUUACCCCAAGGCAAAAUCCGAGAAUUCCUUCUCUUUUCUGGGUUUGGAAAAGUGCAGAUUUUCAAGAAAGGGAAUCUUAUGAUAUGUUAGGAAUCCAUUAUGAUAAUCAUCCGCGUCUGAAACGUAUUUUAAUGCCCGAAAGUUGGAUAGGAUGGCCUUUGCGUAAAGAUUAUAUCGCCCCCAAUUUUUAUGAAAUACAAGAUGCUCACUAAAUGAUAAAAAUAAGAAAGUAAUCAGAACUUCGACAACCCCAGAUAUUCAAGAAAUAUCUGUAUGGACAUUUUCUUUUUCUUAUAGAUUAGACAGAAUAAUAGAGGUUUCAUUCCUAUCUUAAUUCUGGAUUAUGAUAAAUAAGAAAAUUGAUAAAUAAAAAAGACAAUAAUAUAGGGAUUCAUUGAGAUUCAAAAAUGGGAUGGAGCAAUCCUUAUUUCGGACGUAGGAUGAACUGAAAAAGUUCUGCAUCAUUAACUAUGUAAGAUGCACAUCAGCAUCAAUUAGAUAUCUGGCUAAGAAAAAGAAAAAGUACGAUUAAAUACAAAGAAAUGGACCAGAUUUUUGAAUAAUGUAUCUCAGAUCAAUUUUGACUAUUCUCACCUAUGAACUCCCCUAGAUUCCACUUUUUGGUCUUUCAACCAAAUAAUUUAACCAUUUGAAUAUUGUUUCAAUUGAAAUAUUAACAUUCGUUAUUGCAGCGCACAAAAAAUAGAAACAAACUUGAAUCAUUCAUUUUCAGACUUCCUUUUGAUACCUAGAAUAUACAUCUAUUCAUUCUUCAUCUAGAAAGAGCAUAUCUCCGUACACCUACAUAAAUUAUGUAGGAUGAUUAAGACCACUAAUAAAUAUCUAUCUAUUCCCCCAAUUUUUGAAAAGAAAUAUGGGAAUAGAUACUCAUACAUAAUGAGUCGCCGGGAACCAGAUUUGAACUGGUGACACGAGGAUUUUCAGUCCUCUGCUCUACCAGCUGAGCUAUCCCGACCAUUCUUGACGCACCAUCCUAAUUUUAAGAAAUUACUUGAGUCUAUGUCAACUAAAUCAAAAAAGGGCCAUCAAAAUGAGGGAAUUUAAUUGGCUUUUGGGGAUAGAGGGACUUGAACCCUCACGAUUUCUAAAGUCGACGGAUUUUCCUCUUACUAAAAAUUUCAUUGAUGUCGGUAUUGACAUGUAGAAUGGGACUCUAUCUUUAUUCUCGUCUGAUUAAUCAGUUAUUCAAAAGAUCCAUCAGAUUAUGGUGGAGUGACUGAUUUGAGCAAUGAAUAUUCAGUCAUUUUUUCUUCCAGUUGUAAUUGAUUCUAAUGUUUCGAUUGUGAUAGAAUCAAAAUAGUUACAAAUAGAAGUUAGAAAUCUUCAUUAAUCAAUUGAAUGUUGUCAACUCCAUUUGUUAGAACAGCUUCCAUUGAGUCUCUGCACCUAUCCUUUUUUGAUUUUCACUUUCUGAACUUUUAUUUGUUUUCAGAAAGAAGGAUUUGGCUCAGGAUUGCCCAUUUUGAAUUCCAGGGUUUCUCUGAAUUUGAAAGUUUUCACUUGGUAAGUUUCCAUACCAAGGCUCAAUCCAAUUAAGUCCGUAGCGUCUACCAAUUUCGCCAUAUCCCCCGUUUUUUCUUUGAGAUUGAUAUCAUAUCGCAUUAGGCUGUUUUUUUCAUUUGUUUGUAUUAUGAGUAUUAUGAGAAUAAUAUGCUGGAACUGUUGAAUUUAUUCGAAACC